UUUGAACGCUCUGUACGCAUCGCGACUGUCAAUGUCAGCCAAGCUACCUAGCUUCAUGUGUGUGUGUGUGUGUUUGUGAAUAAACUGCAUGAUUUAAACACAUACUAUGUAUCUUAGGUUAUAUAGCCUCAUUCGAGGUUCGUGUCAGCAGCUUUUUGAGCCCUUGAAUUCAUCUGGACGGAUGAUAAUUGGGGGAAAUGUGGGGCUUCAGCAUCCGCUAUCAAGCAGUGCCAUCCGAUUACAAGAGGCUGAUGCCAAACCAGUGGAAACCAAGAAGCCAUCAUCCCCUGCCAAAAGACUGAAAGAUAUUUUCCCUCCAUUUCCGGGUGAGGAGAGCUCCCUGACAUGGGACAGCAAGAAGUUUGAAGAGUUACCGAUAGCACACAUAAAAGCCACAUAUAACAACACACAUAUCCACGUCACAGAUUGUCUGGGCCAGUACAUGGUCCGAACCUCAUGUGGAUCAGAGGGUUUCAAGAAUGUGAAGAAAGCCACUCCUAUUGCAGCACAGACCGCUGGGAUUUCAGCCGCUGCGAAGGCGAGGGCUAAGGGGGUCAGCUACGUCCGUGUGCUGGUGAAAGGACUCGGUCCAGGGCGCUUGUCUGCCAUUAAAGGGUUAACCAUGGGAGGACUGGAGGUUGUUUCCAUCACCGACAACACCCCAGUGCCACACAAUGGCUGUCGCCCUCGCAAAGCACGAAGGAUGUGAGGAGGAAGAAACCCAUGAACCCAGAAGUCUUGUUUGUCUCUCUCUGUAUUUUCAUUGACCAUCCAGUCUGAAUAUAGAGGUUAAAUGCUCAUUUAUUCAGGUCAACGCUGUUCGAGAGUAAUGCUUUUUUUUUCUUUUUCACAACAGCAGUGCUAUGUAUGUUAUUUACCUUUUUGAUAAUUAUUAAAGUGUGAAGGUGUCACUCA